AUGGAUCUGGGAGCCUCAGGAAAUAACUCAGUUGUCACUGAGUUUGUCCUGUUGGGCCUAACAGAGAGUCCAGCUCUACAGCCCAUCUUCUUUGUCAUAUUCCUUCUUGCUUAUGUAGCUACUGUAGGUGGCAAUUUCAGCAUUCUGGCUGCCAUCCUCGUUGAGCCCAAACUCCACACUCCCAUGUACUUCUUCCUGGGGAACUUGUCCCUGCUGGAUGUUGGGUGCAUCAGUGUCACUGUCCCUGCCAUGCUGCGUCAAUUCCUGUCCAAUAAGAAAAGCAUUCUCUAUAGGGCUUGCAUCUCACAGCUCUUUUUCUUCCACUUCCUGGCUGGGGUAGACUGCUUCCUGCUUACCGUCAUGGCCUAUGACCGCUACCUGGCCAUUUGCCAGCCCCUCACCUACAGCACCCGCAUGAGCCGGGGAAUCCAGCAAGCCCUGGCCGGCAUGUCAUGUGGCCUUUCCUUUGCCAACGCACUGACCCAAACUGUUGCCUUAUCUACUCUUAAAUUCUGUGGUCCCAAUGUGAUCAAUCAUUUUUACUGCGACCUCCCACAACUCUUCCAGCUCUCCUGCUCCAGUAUCCAAUUCAAUGAGCAGUUGCUCUUUAUAGCAGCAGCCUUCAUGGCCGUCACCCCCUUGGUCCUCAUCAUUGUGUCCUAUGCACAUGUUGUAGCUGCAGUUCUGCGAAUCCGCUCUGCCGAAGGCAGGAAAAAAGCCUUCUCCACGUGUGGCUCCCAUCUCACUGUGGUUGUCAUAUUCUAUGGUUCAGGUAUCUUUAACUACAUGCGACUAGGUUCAGCCAAGCUUUCAGAUAAAGAUAAAGCUGUCGGAAUUUUUAACACUAUUGUUAACCCCAUGCUGAAUCCAAUCAUCUACAGCCUCCGGAACCCUGAUGUGCAGGGCGCCCUGAGGCGGGUGCUCAUGAGAAGACCACUUCCCAAGUGA